UUUUUAGGGAGAAUCUCAUACCAUGCCAAGCUUUGGUGGGGAACAACGUUCCCAGUGUGGGAACAGUGAUUUCUAUAGUUUUCAUGGUGAAUAUGUGUUUUUGCAUACAAAAAUUAUAAUAUUUAUCAAAGAAAUUACAAAGUUUUAACGAAUAAAAAUGGUUAGUUGCUCAAUUUUGAACUGUGCUAGCGAUAAUCGGCAAAAACACGAAGACUUAACCUUUCACAGAUUUCCACGAAAUAAAAUAACACGUCAAAAGUGGAUAGCGGCUACUGGAAGAAAAAAUUGGACGCCAACUAAAAACCACCGCAUAUGCUCCAAGCAUUUCGAACAGUUUCAUUUUCGCAAGACUCCACGACAAGUAUUCCUGUGGAAGUACGCAAGCCCAACGUUGUUGACACCGGCACCUAUUCCCUCAGAACCCCGAAUUGCGCCAGAAAUGGCUCCGUGCAGUUGAUAGGAAAACCUGGACUCCCCAAAAAUACUCCGUCAUAUGUUCAAAACAUUUCGAACAAAAGUAUUUCAGGGGAAAAGUACGAACUAAACUCAGAAUCGACUCCAUUCCGACUUUGUUUGUACCUGUACUAUUUCCCACAUGAUCCAGUCUUAAAAGAGAAAUGGAUUGCAGCCACGGGAAGGAAAGACUGGUUUCCGACUAAACACAGUACUAUUUGUUCCAUACAUUUUGACAAUACCAGUUUCAUUGAGGGGAAAAAGUUGCGAUUGUUGAAAAAAACGGCAUACCCUACUGUUAAUAUACUAAAACUCAUUGAAAAUGAUGAUGAGGUAAAUACGGAUGAUACAGAGAUUACAGAGCCAGGGCCGUCGAAGAGGACUCGACAUGAUUCAAACAGCUCUACCGACUCGGAUUCUAAUGAGAAAAUCAUUGAGCAAUGUCGCUUCUGCGCAGAAUACAGCAAAGACUGCAUGGAUACAUGCUACGUACCAUUCCUUAUGGAAAACAAAGCCACCAUAGUCUUCAACGAUUACAGUGUAAAUCUAGACUUUACAGAUAAUCAUUUACCACAAGCUGUUUGCCGUGACUGUAACACUAAACUUCAGGAGAUAAUUAGCUUUAUUACACAAGUAACAGAAGCACAAAAGAAAUUUAAAGUUAAAGCUAAGAACAAUAGAAAAGUAUAUGAAUUCAAAAAUGAAACAAUCAACAAGAAACAAAUGGUAAAGAAAAAUACACAAACAAAAAAACAAACAAGUAAAAAACAUGAUAGCACCAGAUACACAAUUGAAAAAGAAACAAUUACAAAUGAUGAUGAUGAUGAAGAUACCAGAGAUGCUUUUGAAAAUACAGAUAUUAAAGUAGAAUAUGAUUCACCAACGGAUGAAGGUCACAUCAGAGAUAUACAUAAAAUUAAAAUUGAACAAGAACCUGAGGAUAAUACAGAAAUAACAGAUUCUUUACUUGUUGAACAACCUGUGUUCUUUAGAGGGUAUAAAAGGAAGAAUGAAGAUGCAGCUGUAAUGAAGAAAGCUAAAGUUAUUUGUGAAGAAGAAGUUACAUUUGAAAUGGAUAUAAAAGAAGAAGUAACAAAUGACACAAAUCACGCAAAUGAAGAUUAUCCUGAAGUUCAAGUAGAAUAUGACAGUGGGACAGCUACAACUGGGAUUGGUACAACUGGGACUGUCACUACUGAGAAUGUUACACCUGGGACAAUUACAACUGGGACUGUCACUACUGAUAAAGUUAUACCUGGGACAAUUACAACUGGGAUUGGUACAACUGGGACAGAUUCGAGUGGGAUUGGUGCGUUUAGUGCUUUAGCAAGUGUAAAAUAUAUUACUAUUGAUGGAUCUACUGGAAGAUUUAGUGUUAAAUCUGGAAAUAAAAGAAAGGAGACAGAGUGAACAUUGAAUGAGAAAAAUGAAAGUGACACUAAGUGAAAAUAAAAGUUUUCUGAUUAUUGUGAAACAAGUUAACCAACAGUAUUUUUAAGUAAAAUUGAUUCUACAUUCUAAAAAUAAAGAAUUUCUACAUGAAAAAAAAAAGGUUCUAUUGGUUGGCCAGACUACAUGUAUGUACAUUUAUUUUUAAUUUAUUGUCAAAGAGAUGGCUUGUACAGUCGACGUCAAAGAUAUGUGUUCACUUUUGCAUCUUACCCUUGUCGGAAGCCGGUGUUGCUCGAAGAUCUUACCCCUUUGUAAUAAGGCGAAAAAUGGAAACGUAUCUUUGACGUUGACUGUACUAAGUUUCUGUAUUUGAUUGGGGUUACUAUCAAAUGUACCUUAUCGCUAAAGGACAAUAUAGCUGAAAUGUCUGGAUUCUGUUAUGUAUUUGUGACAACAUAGACAUAAAUGCUAAAUGCCUCUUUAGCAAAACGUCUGGAUCUUAGAAUGUUACAAUUUAAAAUGACCUAGCAGCAAAAAUCCUUUAUCUUCGAAUGUCUUUAUUACUUAAUAGACAUAAACGCUAAAUAGUCUGUAUUGUGUAAUGUCUUUUUUACUAAAUGGAAUAAACGCCAAACGACUCGUUAGCAAAACGUCUUGAUUUUGAUAUAUGACACUUGAUAAUUAAAACCUUCCCGCGCAUACUUUGUAUUGUAAACACAUUGACACAUUACCUACAUUUGCAGACGUUUUGCUACUAACUCGUCUGUGUUCACGUCAAUCAAAUAAUUUUACUUUCGGCUUAUUAGGUAUUCUAAUCAUACGGACUAUUUAUAUUUCCAGACGUUUAGCUACUUAGUCAUUCUAAUUCUUAGCCAUCCAGCUAAAUUGACUCUUUGCUGACUGAGCAUUCUACUUUCAUGUCGUCCAGCUGAAUUGACUCUAUGCUGACUGUGUAUUUUACUUUUAUGUCAUCUAGCUGUAAUGGUCGUUUAGCGAUAAGGUAAUUUGGAUAGUAACCCUUUGAUUGUGAAGUACAGUCAGCAUCAAAUAUUAGGUACUAAACAGCCUAAGCGGCGAAAUACGUAUGUUGCAUUAUGUCUUAAAAUUUUAAAUGGUCCAGUUUUUGGUCACUCCUUUGUAAAUAAUGAUAAUCUCCGUGUAACUUUAGAAAAUUGAGCUGAUGAAGUACGUACUUUGGCCAUACUGAAAGUUUCUGGAUUCUGAUAUAUGAGACGACUUAUUUUUUCUAAGUGGAGUAGGUGGCCAGUUCCAGGAAUUUUCAGUAUGCCCAUGUAUGCCUUAAGUAUACCGUUCAGAACAGAACAGACAUCAACAGACAGGUGUAUUAAGCUUCGUUUUUAGUAGC